UUAUUAAACCGACAUUAAAAAAGAAAAAGAAAACCCUAGUUCUCUGGUUCUUCGUUCGACACUGCUCGAAGCGAAGCAAGGGAGAGGUCGGAGCAACAUCCUCUUGGGUUCCAGGUUAGAAAAUCAGGAGAAAGCUCUGGUUGCUGGUCGCCUUUUCCUCUUCUGAUCCGGGCCUUGUUCGAACAUGAACGUGAAUGUACUCGGAGACAUGCAAAUUUGCUACUUCUGUGGAAAAUUUCGUCCUUGUUUUGGAGAUUUGUUCGGUUGUUCUGGGAUUCUUGAUGUUAUUUAUGUGCUUCGUAUUUUAUUCACUGGAUCGGAGGUGCCCAUAUUCCGGAUUUCGUAUUAUUUUUCCCAGUCCCAGCCGCCUGAAAUUUGUUGUUUUAUUCGUAGUAGUUUGCAGUUUUUUGAGGAUGGUGAGAAUCAGUGUCCUGAACGAUGCUCUUAAGAGCAUGUACAAUGCGGAGAAGAGAGGAAAGAGGCAAGUGAUGAUUAGGCCUUCUUCUAAAGUGAUCGUCAAAUUUCUCCUUGUCAUGCAAAAGCAUGGCUACAUUGGCGAGUUUGAGUAUGUGGAUGACCACAGGGCUGGUAAGAUCGUUGUUGAACUAAAUGGGAGGCUGAACAAGUGUGGAGUCAUCAGUCCACGAUUUGACGUUGGUGUUAAGGAGAUUGAAGGUUGGACUGCUCGCCUGCUUCCGUCCAGACAGUUCGGUUACAUCGUUCUGACAACAUCUGCGGGCAUCAUGGACCACGAAGAGGCCAGGAGAAAGAAUGUCGGAGGCAAGGUACUCGGAUUCUUUUACUAACGUACCAGCAACUUUGCGAGAGUCUUGGCACUUGGGCAUGUUUUGAUUAUCCUCAAGUUCAUUGCAGCAUCACUUUUUACUUUUACCGGUUGCUGUUGUGUAUUAUAAUGCAAUUUUGUUUGUUUUUCGGAUUAUUUGAACUUUUAAAGCAAUUAGAAAGUUCAUUUCGGUUA